AUGAGCGACGCAAAGACUCUCUGCAUUGUUGUUACAGGUGGUACAUCUCCAGGUGUUAAUGAUCUCAUUUCAUCAACAAUCACAUAUGCCUAUGAAAAAGGCUGGAAAGUUAUUGGUUUUCAUGAUGGAUACGCGCAAUUAAUCAAAUGCAGCUUAGAAGAACUCCAGAAACAAAAGGUUGAUUUAGAUCUUCAAGUAGCCCAACUUAUUUCCAAUACCGGCGGUUCAUAUCUUCGUACAUCAUGCUUAGGAUUUGCAAUCACUGAUCAACAAGUUAAAGAAAUCAGUGAGAAGAUCCGCGCUCUUCAUAUCAAUUACUUCCUCGCACUUUCUGGCAAUGAGAAUGUCGCCAUGUGCCAUAGAAUUGCCGAACAAUUUAAGAACGAUGAUAUUCAAGUUCUUGUUGUUGCAAAAACAAUCGAUAACGAUGUACCACUUCCAGACUUUACAUCUACUUUCGGCUUUGCUACGGCCAGAACCUUUGGCGCUCACCUUGUUGGAAAUCUUUUAGCGGAAACAAGGUCAGUUCCACAUUAUUUCAUCAUCGAAACAAUGGGAAAGAGAUCAGGCCACCUUGCUUCCCAGAUGGCUGCUGGUACAAGCACUUGCCUCUCGAUUAUUCCAGAAGAUUUCGGAAUGAAGACUAUAUCAUUGAAACAGAUCGAAAGUUAUGUCUUCUUAGCACUUAUUAAGAGAUACAUCAGAGGAUUUACUACAGGAAUCGUUAUUGUUAGCGAAGCCUUAAUUAAUUCGUUAGAUUACGAAUCAUUACUCGAUCUUUACAAAGGAAACAUCAAGAAGAACGCACGUGGAGAGUUAUCUCUUGAUGAGGGCGAGCUUGGCCGUCAUAUUUCAGACUCAAUGCGCGAUCUUUGCCCCAGAUACAAAUUAGACUUAAGAUUCUGCCCUAAGAAGAUCGGAUACGAACUCAGAGGUGCGAAGCCAGUCGUAAAUGACUCAAUGAUUGCAAAUCAACUCGGUUGUGGUGUUGUUGAAGGAUUUUCAGAGCUCCAGAACGAUGCAAUUGUUCUUUGGGACAACGGAAGAUUCCUCUACAGACCCGUUGGCGAACUUACGAACGAGAAAGGAAAUAUCCCAACAAGAUACGUCGACGCACAGUCAGAGCAAUACCGCAUUAUCAAGAAACACCAGUGCUACGUCACAAAGGCCGAUCUCCAGGAUGCAGAGUUGAUUAAGAAGAUCUCUGAGAUUUUGCAGAUCACUCCAGUCCAAUUCCACCAGAGAUACGACGACGUCAUCAACUCAGUUAUUGUUUAA